GGUGUUUGGUAAACGCUGUUAUAACGCACACUGUUUUUACCACGCUGCAUCCGACUUUCAAACAGUGCAGGCGCAGGGUUUGUUGUUAUUUCUGUUUCAUCACUUUGCAGAGAUGUCCUUCACAAUGGAGGAUAAUUUGGAGUCGGGGUGGGUGGCUGUUCGUCCGAAUGCGUUUGAGGAGAAGGAGAAGCAUAAAUUCGUCUUUAUCGUCGCCUGGAAUGAAGUGGAAGGUAAAUUUGCCAUAACGUGUCAUAACAGGACGGUGCAGAGGAGAAGCUUUGGUAGGGACCCUCUGGCGGAGGGGACUAGCCAGGAUGGGGACAAAACAAAAUGGCCCGAAAGUCCGGUCAGGGAUAAAGUAUCUAGGAGUCCUGGCAAAGGAGCCAGGGAGGCUGGGAUGAAAGGCAGCAGCAGCAGAAGCAGCCCUAAAACCAAGUCCGUGAUAACAACCAGACCAAGUCCUGUCAAAAUUCAAACUGCGAUUAAAUCUGCAGCACCUCCCGUCAGUCCUGAUACCGAGGUGUUGAAAUCACUAAGAGAGGAGCAACUGUCCCCCGCAGUGGACAGCUUGGACCUGGAGGAGCUGGACAGUCUGAGCAGGGAGGAUUGCAGCUGGGCCGGGCUCUUUUCCUUCCAAGACCUCCGGGCAAUCCACCAGCAGCUGUGCUCGGUUAACUCGGACCUGGAGCCCUGCCUGCCGGUGUUUCCGGAGGAACCAGCCGGGAUGUGGACGGUGCUGUUCGGGCCGGCGGAGGUAUCCGAGGCCGAGAUGGAUGAGCUGUGCUACAGUUUACAGGUGUACCUGGGCCAUGCGCUCGAUACGUGUGGGUGGAAGAUCCUCUCGCAAGUUCUGUUCACGGAAAACGACGACCCAGACGAGUACUACGAGAGCCUGAGCGAGCUGAGGCAGUCCGGGUACGAGGAGGCGCUCAACCGUGCAACAAAACAUCUGCAAGAGCUGCUGGAGAAGCACAAGAGCAUGGACAGUAUGGUGGAGCUGUUGGAGCUGUAUGAGGAAGAAGACCAAGCCUAUGGAGGUCUGCUGGAUGCCUCGACACAGCUUUACCAGUAUCUGCUGCAGCCUUUCAGAGACAUGAGGGAACUAGCAAUGCUACGCAGACAGCAGAUCAAGAUUUCCAUGGAGAAUGACUACUUGGGCCCAAGGCGGAUCGAAGGUCUAAAAAAGGAGGACUCUGACUGGCAGAAGAAAGCUCAGGAGGCGGUCCUCAACAUCCAAGAGUUUACUGUAAAAUACUUUGAGAUCACUGCCAGAGCCCAGAAAGGGGUGUAUGAGCGUAUGAAGGUGGACCAGCGUAAGUUUGGUAAAUCUUCAUGGACAGCAGCGGUGGAGCGCAUGGAGAGACUGCGCUACUCUGUUGCCAAGGAAACCCUACAGCUCCAGAGAGCCAGGGAGAUCUGUCUGGAGCAGAGGAAACACACACUUCGGGAUGAGAUGCAGAGUCUGUGCAGCAGUGCCGAUGCAAUUGCCCUGUUAGACCACAUGGAGACACAGUACUAUGAGCUCCAGCUCCAACUGUAUGACAUCCAGGCAGAUAUAUUACAGUGUGAAGAGCUGCUGCUCACCGCUCAACUGGACAGCGUUCGCAGACAGAUGACAGAGCGUCAGGAUGAAGUGGUGUACUAUGACACCUUUGAAAGCACAGAUGAUAUUACAGAGGAUGAUACUGCAGAGAGGGAAGAGCUGCGCAGACUUCAGGUCAGCGCUCGACAGCUGGAGGCAAGGAGGGGGCGCAUCACUGCCAAGCGCUCCUAUCUGAGGAACAAGAGGGAGAUCUGUGUAUCCAACCACACUCAGAAACAGCAGAAACGUCAAUCCCUCCACAAAGACUCUAUAUCCCACCAGGUGUUACAGGUAGAGGAAGAUGAGGAGAGGAAGAACAGCAGAGUAAGUCAGGAGAGACAGAGAACUCUGGACAGACUCCGCACUUUCAAACAGCGGUACCCAGGUCAGGUGAUUCUGAAGUCCACUCGACUGCGCGUGGCCCACACCAGAAGAAGAGACCGAGGAAGGAGCAUGGAAAUGAGUAGCGUGAGUGAGCGGGAGGAGAGUGUGGACUCUGUUUGCAUCCACCACCAGCCACUGUGUCUCAGUACCAGUGUGCAGACUGACCCCAGCCCCAGCUCCACGCUCACCACUCAGCCCGUCACAGCUCUCACAGCAUCCCUUCCUCCGCUGCCUGUGCCCAUUCCUGCCGACUCCUCCUGCUCCCCCUGCUCCCUGUCCUCACUCCUUUCAUCCCCUAUCUCCCCUCCUCCUCCACCACCUCCUCCACCUCCCCCUCCCACGAGGGAGGAGCUGUCGCCUUCCGGCAGCCCGGGCCGGCACGGGCAGAAGGCCGAGGGGAAGAGCGCGGCAGAAGAGCUCUCCCUCUCCCCACUCGGCCCAUUCAUCCCUCGCUUCUUUGAUAGUAGCCAACUGUUGAGCGCCCGGAAAAAGUUGAGGAAGACACCGGAGUUUGACACCCACAGCAGAAGAGUUAGCUCACCCAUGGACGAGGUGCUGGCCUCCCUGAAGAGAGGCAGCUUCCACCUGAGGAAGGUCGACCAGCGGUCCCUACCUCCAGCCAAGGGUGACGACGAUCCCAACAGCAUCCUGGCUCAGAUUCGCAAGGGGGUCAAACUGAGGCAGGUCCCCCAUAAAGAGAGAAAAGACCAGGGAGAGCUCCCGGCCUCCACCGACCCACUGACUAGGAGCAUUCAUGAGGCGCUGCGCCGCAUCAAGGAGGCCACACCAGAUUCUGACUCGGAUGACGACGGUCUGGCCAGCCAUGACUGGGAAAGCUAG